AUGGCCAACGAGACUGGAUUGGCUAUAGGAGGCACGAGAACGUCUGGUGCUGAUGUGCGCAACCAGAAUGUGCUUGCUGCUGUAUCUAUUGCCAAUAUUGUCAAAUCAUCAUUGGGUCCCGUUGGAUUGGACAAGAUGCUCGUUGAUGACAUUGGGGAUGUAACAAUAUCAAAUGACGGUGCCACCAUAUUGAAGUUGCUCGAAGUAGAACACCCGGCUGGAAGAGUCCUCGUCGAACUCGCUCAACAACAAGACAAGGAAGUCGGUGAUGGAACUACCUCUGUAGUCAUCAUCGCUGCUGAAUUAUUAAAGCGAGCAAAUGAACUCGUCAAAAACAAGAUUCAUCCAACUACAAUCAUCACCGGUUACAGAUUGGCUAGUAAAGAAGCAGUCAAAUUCAUUGUAGAACAAAUGACUACCAAAGUCGACUCAUUGGGUAGAGAAUCACUCAUCAACGUCGCAAAGACCAGUAUGAGUAGUAAAAUCAUAGGAUCUGACGAUGCAUUCUUCUCGGAAAUGGUCGUGGAUGCCAUCACUGCUGUAAAGCAAACAAACAACAAGGGCGAAGCCAAAUACCCUCUCAAAGCAGUCAAUAUUCUCAAGGCACACGGUAAAGGUGUCAAGGAAUCCAUGUUGGUUAAAGGUUAUGCCCUAAAUUGUACAGUCGCAUCUCAAGGCAUGAAGACUAGAAUGGUCAAUGCCAAGAUUGCUUGUUUGGAUAUCAAUCUCCAAAAGGCCAGGAUGAACUUGGGAGUCCAUAUCGUCAUUGAUUCUCCCGAUCAGUUGGAACCCAUUCGACGAAGGGAAAUGGAUAUCACCACUGAACGCAUCAAGAAAAUCUUGGAUUCUGGUGCUAAUGUUGUCCUUACCACCAAGGGUAUCGAUGACUUGUGUCUUAAAUUAUUUGUCGAAGCUGGUGCUAUCGCUGUUCGACGUGUCAAGAAGGAAGAUAUGAAGCGUAUUGCAAAGGCUACUGGAGCGACCUUCUUGUCGACUUUAGCCAACUUGGAUGGCGAUGAGACAUUCGAAGCAUCUUAUCUCGGACACGCUGAAGAAGUCGUCCAAGAACGUAUCUCAGAUGAUGAAUGUAUCAUGAUUAAAGGAACCAAGGCUCAUUCCUCGGCUUCCAUUAUCUUGCGAGGUGCUAACGAUUAUAUGUUGGAUGAAAUGGAGAGAUCUAUCCAUGAUUGUUUGGCAGCCGUCAAGCGUACCUUGGAGUCGAAUGCUGUCGUUCCUGGUGGUGGUGCUGUUGAGACUGCCUUGUCUAUAUAUUUGGAAAACUUUGCUACUACCUUGGGUUCCCGUGAACAAUUGGCCAUCGCCGAAUACGCUAAUGCGCUACUUGUAAUUCCUAAGACCUUGGCUGUAAAUGCUGCCAAGGACUCUACAGAUCUGGUAUCCAAACUUCGAGCCUAUCACAAUGCAGCUCAAACAGCUCCUGAAGGCUCUCCCAAACGUGCAUUGAAGUGGUACGGUCUUGAGUUGAUCAAGGGCACUUUGAGAGACAAUCUCAAGGAAGGUAUCUUGGAGCCUGCCAUGUCCAAAAUCAAGUCAUUGAAGGCUGCUACUGAGGCGGCUAUUGCAUUGCUUCGUAUCGAUGAUAUGAUCAAGAUUGAUCCACCUCAACAACAAGAAGACCCUCACGACCACUGA